AUGACAGAGCCUUCCCUUCUCGUUGCUGCCCAGAUGGAGGGGCUGGCCCCGCUGCCCCUGGCCUCACCCUGUCCCCGGAUCCCACGAGCCCGCAUCGCCAGGCAGCCAGGCCAAUGGGCCCACCUGGGCUGCAGCCCUGGCCCCUCUACAGGCCCCACAAAUUGGCCACAGCGUCCUCCGAGGCUACGCCCUGCUGACUGCUCCCACUCCCGGCUGUCCUGGGCAGAGAGCUUGUCCAUGGAUGGCUUCUGGAUGGAGGUGGAGCGGAGCCAACAGAAGGGAGAAGUGAAGGAGGAGGACCGAGGUGGAGGCAGAAGCCAGCUCCUGGAAGGAGACACUGAAUCCCAGUGGCUACAGGACACAGGCCUGUCACGCCUUGUUGGUGGCCUGGGCUUGGACGCUGAUCACCAGGGACUCCUGUCUACGCUGACGCAGACCCAGGUGGCUGCUGUGUGCCGCCGGCUAGAUAUCUACGCCCGCUCUGCCCGAAGGCGACAGAAGGCACCCGUCAGAGAUGUCAGGGAUAUCUUUGGGGUCUUCGCUUCAAGGGAAGUGGCUUCAGAAAAUGGGGACUCCGAAAUGAAAUGGACCCAGAUCAAUUUGGAGGAUUCUGUGUCUCCUGUAGGGUCCACAGAUUCUAGGAGACCACAGGAGACAGCUGGGAUGGAGGAGGUCUUCAAUAUGGACUCUGCCUACUCUGAACAAGCUGCAGCGCGUCUACAGAGGGCCCGGCCAUCCCCAGAAGGCACCCGUGCCUGGGGCAAAGGCUCCCUACCGAGGUUCAGAAUUCCCAAAGGCCGACUGGGUGUGACCAGGAUAGGAGACUUGUCUUCGACGGACAUGAAGAAGAUCCCUCCCUUGGCCCUGAUAGAGCUGACGGCUCUCUAUGACGUCCUGGGCCUGGACCUGAAGAGGAGCAAAGCUGGGAAGUGGAAAGGCCCAGAUUCUGGCCUUUUUGGCGUGCCCCUUCACAGCCUGCUGGAAGCUGACCACAGAGUCCUCCCCAGCACCCAGGUCCCGCUGUUCCUUCAAGCUUUGCUGUCCUGUUUGGAAAAAAGAGGGCUGGACACGGAAGGCAUCCUGAGAGUCCCUGGAUCCCAGGCCAGGGUCAAGGGGCUGGAGCAAAAGCUGGAGCGAGACUUCUAUGCCGGCCUCGUGAGCUGGGACAAGGUUCAUCCCAACGACGCAUCUGAUUUGCUCAAGAGGUUCCUCCGGAAGCUGCCGGCGCCUCUGCUUACAGCCGAAUACCUCCCGGCUUUUGCAGCCCUGCCCAACAUUCCUGACCUGAAACAGCGCUUGCAGGCUCUACACCUGCUGGUCCUCCUCCUGCCGGAACCCAACCGCAACACCUUGAAGGCACUCCUGGAAUUCCUCCGGAAGGUGGCAGCCCAGGAGCAGCACAACAAGAUGACUUUGUGGAAUGUUUCCACGGUGAUGGCACCCAAUCUUUUCCUGCCCCGAGGGCGGCCUCCCAAGCUCCCCAAGGGUGAGAAGCAGCUGGCGGAGGGAGCAGCUGAGGUGGUGUGCAUGAUGGUGCGGUACCAGGACCUGCUUUGGACGGUCGCCUCUUUCUUGGUAGCCCAAGUGCGAAAGCUGAAUGACAGUAAUGGCCGUCGUUCCCAGCUCUGUGAUGGGGGCCUCAAGACUUGGCUGCGGAGGACACACGUAGACAGAGACAAGGCUGGGGACGGGCUUGAGGCGACUCCCAAAGUGGCAAAGGUCCAGGUGACCUGGCCCAGCAUGGAUCUUCUGCAGGUGCCUCUGAAUCCUAGCACCAGAGUGACCCACAUCUUGAAGCUUUUCACAGAGCACCUCAAUCCUGGGUCACCACCUGAAGAGGGCAGUGAGGACCCAAACAGCAUUCUCUCAGACAACACAAAGCCGGCCAGCUUCCUUGUUUAUGAAGUUGGAGGGAAUAUUGGUGAACGUCGCCUGGACCCAGAUGCCUACCUCUUAGAUUUGUACCGUGCCAACCCCCAUGGCGAGUGGGUCAUUAGACAGAGCCCUACCUAAGCCUAGAAUCCUUGAGAAACAGCCUGGAACAUCAGCUGGGAGCAGAGAGGUUCACACGGAGGUCUUCCUCCAAAGUCCCUCUUCCAGGAAAUACCUCUCCUAUGCCAGGCCUGCUCCUCAUCAUCCUCACCAUGCAUACAGAGCCCCAGAGGAGCCUCCCAGGCACCUGCAUCUCCACAGGGCAUUGUCCACAAUUUCCAGACACAAGUGGAAUAAAAACUGUGACGUCUCUCUCAGGAACAGGUGGGAGUUCCCAGAAAAUAUUGCUUUGGAGGCAGCCCCACAGCGUGGAGUGGGGAAUCACUGUGACUGGGACAACCCCUUGACUUCUCUGAGACUUUGAAGAUGCCAUGGACAGCUCUAGGAGAGCUGGACAGAGGACAAACUUCCCUUUGCCCCCUUGUGUCUUAAAUGCUAUUUUACAGAGCCUCGUCAUUUUUAUAGCGUAUGUAAGUUGCUUCAACA